GACGCGGCGGCGGCGGAGGACGCGGCGGUGGCGGCGGCGGCGGCGGCGGCGGCGGCGGCGGCGGCGGCGGCAGAGCCUCAGAGCUCAGGCGCGGCGUGGGCCGGGAUGAGGGGCUGUGGCGGCACGGCCCGCGCGCAGCCGGCCGCUGGGCGGCGCCUUCCCGACUGAUGCUGGAGGGGCCUCCCCGUGACUUGCUGGCCUCUGUCCACUUGUCUUCAGAGAAGCCUGCGAUGUCCCAGACACAGGAGUACGAAUGUGAGAGCCGAAAUGCCGGUGCACAGGAGUCUCGGACCUCAGCGCCCAGCACCAGGCUAGAGUGGGUGGAGAUCAUCGAGCCACGCACCCGGGAGCGUAUGUACGCCAACCUGGUCACCGGCGAGUGUGUGUGGGACCCGCCCACUGGCGUCCGUAUCAAGCGCACCAGCGAGAACCAGUGGUGGGAGCUCUUCGACCCCAAUACAUCACGCUUCUACUACUACAAUGCCAGCACGCAGCGUACUGUGUGGCACCGGCCGCAGGACUGCGACAUCAUCCCCCUGGCCAAGCUGCAGACCCUGAAGCAGAACACAGAGUCUCCCCGGGCCUCAGCCGAGAACAGCCCUGGCAGGGGCAGCAGCGUGAGCCGUGACGGCAGCACCAGCUCCUCCCUGGAGCCUGAGCUGGACGCCGGUGAGAAGGCACAGGAGCCCCUGGGCAGGGCGAGUCGGCAGGCCCCCGUGAAGGAGGAGAGUAGCAGUUCCUUGCCCCCAGGGGUGUUCCUCGAGAAGGACUAUGAGGUUUACCGGGAUUACACUGCCGACAGCCAGCUCCUUCACUACAGGACCUCCUCCCUCCGAUGGAAUUCAGGCACCAAGGAGCGCAUGCUGAUCAAAGUUGCAGACCGGGAGCCCAGCUUCUUUUCUCCUCAGGGCAACGGUUACCCGCUGGACAUCCAGGCAGGGGGCCGCUCCCGCAGACCCUCUGGUGGCCAGCACUCACCCGGCCUGCAAACAUUUGCUCCGGACACAGAUGGUCCCAUCUUCUUCUCAGAGCGGCGGCCGUCGCCCUUCCUGAAGAGGGCCGAGCUGGGGAGCUGCUCCCCACUGCUGGCUCAGCCUCGCAAGCCCUCCGUGGACUCACAGCCCUCCUCCCCUCGCUACGCCUAUGAGCCCCCACUGUACGAGGAACCCCCAGUGGAGUACCAGGCCCCCAUCUAUGAUGAGCCCCCCAUGGACGUGCAGUAUGAGACUGGCUCUCCCCAGCGCUCUCCAGGUCGCAAGCCACCCCCCUGCCCCCAGUCACCUAAGCCGGCCUCGGCUUCACCUUACCAGCAGCUGGUGCUCACCCGGCAGAAGUGUCCAGAGCGCUUCCUGAGCCUGGAGUACAGCCCUGCAGGCAAGGAGUAUGUGCGGCAGCUGGUAUAUGUGGAGCAGGCCGGCUCCAGCCCCAAGCUGCGUGCAGGUCCGCGGCACAAGUAUAUGCCCAACCCCAGUGGUGGCUCCCUCUCCCUGCAGCCUAGCCCUGGCCUGCUGAGGGACCAGCGCCUGGGGAUCACAUCUGGGGACUACAGCAGCAUGGAGGGGCCAGAGCUGCGGCAUGCCCCACCACCCACACCCCUGCCCCAGGCUCAGGAGGAUGCCAUGUCCUGGUCUAGCCAGCAGGACACCAUUUCCUCCGUGGGGUACUCCCCAGGCACACGCAAAAGGAAGAAUAGGAACCCUUCUCUGUGCCACAUCCCCAGCAGCUCUUCCACAGAGGGCCCUGGGGACCACGAGCUGCCUGGCGAGCAGCCCCUGCCUGAGGAGCGCUCUCCAUGUGGGCCCAGCCUUGCCCCCGCCAAGCGUGUGGAGAGCAGGGUGGGGGAGGUGGAUGGCAUCCGGGCCGCAACUGAGCCUUUCCUGGCACAGGCCCGGUUGGCGUGGGAGGCCCAGCAGGCCCACUUUCACAUGAAGCAGCGGGGCAGCUGGGACUCCCAGCAGGACGGCUCGGGCUACGAGAGCGACGGGGCCGUGCCGCUGCCCAUGCCCGGGCCUGUGGUGCGGGCCUUCAGUGAAGACGAGGCACUGGCCCAGCAGGAGAGCAAGCACUGGCAGAGGGGCGCCUUGGAGAGGCUGGCCUUCCCCCAGAUCCUGCUGGAGAAGAGUGUGUCUGUGCAGACCAACCUGGCUUCCCCCGAGCCCUACCUGCAUCCUUCCCAGUCUGAGGACCUUGGCACCUGUGCCCAGUUUGAGAGCAGCCGGCAGACACGCAGCGUGAUGCCCAGCGCCAGCUGCGUGUUCCCAACCUUCACGCUCCGCAAACCAUCCUCAGAGACGGACAUCGAGAACUGGGCCUCCAAGCACUUCAACAAGCACACCCAGGGCCUAUUCCGGCGAAAGGUGUCAAUUGCCAACAUGCUAGCCUGGAGCAGUGAGUCCAUCAAGAAGCCCAUGAUCGUGACUAGUGACCGCCACGUGAAGAAGGAGGCCUGUGAGAUAUUCAAGCUGAUCCAGAUGUACAUGGGAGACCGGCGUGCCAAGGCAGACCCACUUCAUGUGGCCCUAGAGAUCGCCACCAAGGGCUGGAGUGUGCAGGGCCUGCGGGACGAGCUCUAUAUCCAACUGUGCCGGCAGACCACGGAGAAUUUUCGCCUGGAGAGCCUGGCCCGGGGCUGGGAGCUCAUGGCCAUCUGCCUCGCCUUCUUCCCACCCACCCCCAAAUUCCACUCCUACCUGGAGGGCUACAUCUACCGGCACAUGGACCCCGUCAAUGACACCAAAGUGACACAGCACAUGAGAGAGCUCCUGGAAAGGAACACUAAGAAGAAAUCCAAGUUGAGAAAGAAACCCAAGCCCUAUGUUGAGGAGCCGGAUGGGGUGGCAAUAAGCACAUACGCCAAGUACUGCUACCACAAGCUGCAGAAGGCAGCCCUGACCGGGGCUAAGAAGGGGCUGAAGAAACCCAACGUGGAGGAGAUUCGGCACGCCAAGAAUGCGGUGUUUAGCCCCUCCAUGUUUGGCAGUGCACUGCAGGAGGUCAUGAGCAUGCAGAAGGAGCGCUACCCAGACCGCCAGCUGCCCUGGGUGCAGACACGGCUGUCCGAGGAGGUGCUGGCACUCAACGGCGACCAGACAGAAGGCAUCUUCAGAGUCCCUGGGGACAUCGAUGAGGUGAAUGCCCUGAAGCUGCAGGUGGAUCAGUGGAAGGUGCCCACAGGCCUGGAGGACCCCCAUGUCCCUGCGUCGCUGCUGAAGCUGUGGUACCGGGAGCUGGAGGAGCCCCUGAUCCCGCACGAGUUCUACGAGCAGUGCAUCGCGCACUACGAGAGCCCUGAGGCCGCCGUGGCUGUGGUGCACGCGCUGCCCCGCAUCAACCGCCUGGUGCUGUGCUACCUCAUCCGCUUCCUUCAGGUGUUCGUGCAGCCUGCCAAUGUGGCCAUCACCAAGAUGGACGUCAGCAACCUCGCCAUGGUGAUGGCACCCAACUGCCUACGCUGCCGAUCUGACGACCCGCGGGUCAUCUUCGAGAACACGCGCAAGGAGAUGUCCUUCUUGCGCGUGCUCAUCCAGCACCUGGACACCAGCUUCAUGGAGGGCGUGCUAUAGCACGCGGAGGCCGAGGGCGGGCGCUGAGCCAGGCGCGGGCAGGGGCACGUGGGGAGGGCAGGGAGGUGCCCGGCCACUGAGGUUGCAUGCCAGGCGUGUCCAUUCCGCACUGACCCACACUCUCUACCCACGACCCCAGCCCGAGGACACAGGGCAGAGGCCCUGUGGAGAGGGUGCCGCUGGCCCCUACCUAGCGGCCACUUACCAUGGGGCCGCCUCACCCACCACUGGUCAGCCCCGAGAAAGUGCCUUGUUUCCUGGAGCCGAGCGACACUGCCCCUCCCGAGUGGCCAAGAGCACAAGCCCUACUCGGGGCGAGCUGCCGCGUCACCGUCUUGGCAGGGCCUGCCUCCUUCGCCCCUCCUGGUCGUGGCCUGGACCCUGCCCGCUGCCCUCUCCUCUGCCGCCUCCUGCCCCGUUCCCCGGGUCUCUGGCCCGAAGCUCCGCUCUCCUGGGCCCUGCAGCUGCUUCUCGUUUGAGUGUGCCCAGUCAUGGGACACCAGCUGGCCCAGGGCCCUGGCAGACUUCCCCAAACCAAAGUCCUGUGGGUGGGGGGCAGGGCUGGCCUGGCAUUUUUGGGGAAAGGGGGAGAGGGGCGAGAGUAUUUUUCGUGUAACUAUAAAUUCAGCAUCUAUCUUGCACCCCAACUCGGCCGUGUAUAGAUAUAAAUAGACUGAGAGAUAUAAGAACUAAAUUUGCUAAUGACAUAGUUUUAACCCAAAUGCUAUUUAUCUCUGAGCCAUCCUUGCUGGUCCUCUCUAGAAAGCAAAUUGCUGUAUCAUUCCUUUGUUUUCUUCAUCCUCUUUUCUGACCAAAAACCCAAACUGGCCCAUCCCCAAGCCAAACCUGCAGCAGAGAGAGCCACAGGUGGGGUCAGUGGAGCCCAGACCCCCUUACUGAGGAGGCCGUGGGGGUGGGGGGGUGGAGAGGGGGUGGAUGUGAGGCCUCGAGUCAGUCUGUACAUUUCCGUUGAGUUACAAUUUGUUGUAAACAUGAUUUCUCCCCAGUUUAUAUAUAUAUAUAUUUUUUUUUGAGUUGAGCUUUUAUUUAUUAAAAACAAAAGAGCCCAGAUUUGCGCAGGUCUGGCUGUGCCCUGGGCGCGUCCUUGUCCGGGUACUGGGGCCAGCGCAAGGCAGCUGGGCACUUGACGCAUGAACUUGACGUGAGAGGUGACCACAUUUGAAUAAAGGACAAAUGGAGACUGCGAA